UCACAAUUUUGUUCCCCUAUAUAAAACGCUGCGUUUAAACCAUUAUGAGGAUUUUGUGUUGAAAAGAACAACUGUGUUUACAAGACAGUGUGGGCCACCCACAUAUUCAUCACAUAGGCCUAAAUAAUAUUCCCCGUCUCUUGGGAAUCAAGUAAAAACAAUGACUCCUUCCUUAUCACCAACCACGUCGCACCACGUGGCUGUUAUCGGAGCUGGAGCCGCCGGUUUAGUAGCGGCGAGAGAACUUCGUCGGGAAGGACACUCAGUCGUCGUCUUCGAGAGGCAGAAACAGGUAGGAGGAACUUGGAUCUACACCGAUCACGUCGAAACGGAUCCGUUAAGCGUUGACCCGACCCGAACAGUUGUUCACUCGAGCGUCUACGCCUCUCUCCGAACUAACCUCCCUCGAGAGUGUAUGGGAUACUUAGACUUCCCGUUAGUGGUCCGAUCCGGCGAUCCGAGGAGGUUUCCGAGCCACGGAGAAGUUCUUGCGUAUCUGCAAGACUUCGCUAAGGAGUUUGCGAUCGAGGAGAUGAUACGGUUUGAGACGGCGGUUGAGUCGGAGGGAGGAAACAGGAAGUGGAGGGUUGAAUCUACGGAGACGGAGAAGAGAGUUCGUCGUGAUGAGGUUUACGAUGCUGUUGUUGUUUGUAGUGGGCACUACACUGAACCUCGUCUCGCUGACAUUCCUGGUAAUUUAAAGCUUUGUUAUUUGUGUCAUUUUAAGAAUGUAGAAGAAGUAGAACUUCAUAGGAAGAGUGGAACGUAAGCUUUAGUGAUAAGUGUGGUUGUGAUAGUGGUCUUGCAAUGUUUGUGAUUUCAACAUUUGAUUAGGCCUUGUAACAAAAAAUCCGAAACCCAA